UUUGCCUGGAAAUCCGAAUUUCUUGCCCUAACUCGUCGUACAUAGGACAAGCCCAGGUCAAAACGUUAGAACAGUUGUGUCUUUUGCUUCCUUUUCUCUCCAAUCUUUCCCAACAUCAGAUUCAUCAAAUCUAACAUAGAUUCCAGCCGAAAUUCUCCAAACCAGAUCCGAAAAACACAACUAAGAUCUGCAAUUCAGACAGGGUUUGAUUUAUAAUGGCAAAACAUUGAAUCGGAAAGUGUUUCAAGCUUCUUCCUUCUAAUGGCAAAUCCCCUCCAAGGCAAGUUUCUUCUCGUCCUUUUUCUUUUCAUGUUUACUUCUCCACCACUUUCUGUAGUUUUCGUAAACGCUAACUCCCUCUCAAUCCAAAACGAGCACGGACAUGAUCAGAUUCCUGAAACUAAGAGUUCACGUGAUUCUAAUCACCAGGAAGUUUUAUUACAUAAGCUUGAAGAAUUAGUAAGAAAUCUUAGUGAAGUAGUUUCUAGAUUAGAAUCGAAAUUAUCAGAGUCUUCAAAAGUUGAUGACAGGCAUAGUGUUGAGAGUUCAAGAUCAGGUUUUGGAAAGAAAGAUGAAAUUAGCCAGCGAAAAUAUGAUGGGAAAGCACCCAUUCAAGAGAUUGAAGUUAGAGAUGGGGAAAGAGGGAGGGCUGUUUCAGUUACUACGUUCAGUCCGUUUUGGUCUGAGAGGUUUCAAUUCAUGUCAGCUGUGAAGUUAGAUUCUGAUGCAACGUGUAUAAACGUUUUGCCCUUUCGUGAUUACGAGGGGCUUAGCAAGUAUGUUGCCAUUGGGGAUGACAGAGGAACGGUUUAUGUGUUUUUAAGAAAUGGGGAUGUUGUGGCGGAGUUUUAUACCAGGUGCGACUCGCCAAUUAUGGCAAUGGUUUCAUACAUGUCCGUUUACAAGAAUGAGAGUGUUGUUGUUACAGGACAUAAAAACGGUGUGAUCAUGGUACAUAGAAUUUAUGAAGGAUUAAAUGGAGAAGAGUCAGGUUCACCUGUAAUGGAAACUGUUGGUAAAUUUGUGGCUGCUGAUAGUGGGGAAGAUGGGUUGCCAAUAACUACAUUGGAAGUUCAUUAUGUUGGAAGAAUGAGGUAUAUUUUGUCUACGGAUCUUAGCGGGAAAAUCAGGGUUUUUAGAGAAAAUGGAUCACUUUAUGGUUCUGCCAUGCCAACAAGUAGGCCACUUGUGUUCUUGAAGCAAAGGCUUUUAUUCUUGACACAGACUGGUGCUGGUUCACUGGAUUUGCGAAGCAUGAAAAUAAAAGAAUCAGAAUGUGAAGGGUUGAAUCAUUCUCUUGCUCUGAACUAUGUCUUUGAUCCCACAGAGCGGUCUAAAGCGUAUGGUUGUACAUCAGAUGGUGAUUUGAUUCAUGUUUUGCUGUUGGGGGAUAUUAUGAACUUCAAGUGCAGGGUUAGGUCCAAGAAAAAGUUGGAAUUGCGUCAGCCUCUUGCCUUUCAGGCUAUUAAGGGAUAUUUGCUUAUUGUUGAUCAAGAAAAGGUUUUUGUGUAUAAUGUUUCUACCCUGCAUUAUGUUAGGGCUGGUUCUCCACGACUUCUUUUCUCUGCCAGUUUGGAUGAGAUCAGGUCAUCCUUUUUAACUUACCGAGGGAUGGAUAUAAAUAAUGAGAGAAGACAGGUGAUGCCCGUAAUCGCCAGUGAUCGGGAAAAGCUUGUCGUUCUUGGCCUUGGAGGGGAGUAUGUGGGUAUGUAUCGCUCUAAUCUCCCUGUUUUGAAAGGGGAAUCCAAUAUGAUGCUAUGGACUAGCCCCGUGCUGUUUUUCAUACUUUUCCUGUUUGGGGCAUGGCAAUUCUUUGCGAAGAAGAAAGAAGCACUUACUUCAUGGGGACCUGAUGACCCUUUUAGCUCCACAUCAGCUGCAAACGGGCCUCCACUAGUAUCAAGCACAGGAGACAGGUCUUUUAUAGAUUCAUCUUCAAGAGGUGCUGUUGAUAUUGACUUGAGGAGCAGUGGUCUUAGAGGUCGAAGGUAUGGAUCUCCUACUCGAUAUCCAGCUGGAGCUCCCAGUUCUUUCGGGCCAAAUGCUGCUGAUCCCAGCUCUCGACCUGCUUCUGUGGAUCCCAACUACAGAUCCGCCCCAGAGCUAAAAUUUAGGGGUUCAGCCCUGGAAUCUACCGGCUUCUCUAAAAGAAGGGAGAGUUUAUUUGUGAACAGCCAAGUUGUGGAUGACAACAGUUAACUUUUUAAAACCAGUUGUGCUCAGCUUCUACUUCAGGGAGGGCAGGGGGAGUUUCUUUUAGAUUGUCCUUUGGCUGUCAUAAGAUAUUAUGAAGCCAUUUGAACCCCGCCAUGUUGUAAUUUUAAUCUUUAGUGACAUAAACAAAGAAUAAAUGCCAAAAAUUUCAAGCAUUAUCCUUUUUGAAAGAGGUUCAAAUUUC